UUCAAGAAUAACUUAAUUGAGGUUUAAUAGGUUUAAUUACUUCGGUUAGAUUAACAAAUAAGUAAAAAAAUGUAUGGACUUUGCUGCUUUUUACUCAUAGUCCAUACGUUUAUUAUCAGUCACUGUCAAAAUUCCUCGGAUGUGAUAUUUCUAGAAGAACAUCUGAUGCGCGUUCGCGAGGAUGUGUCGAUGCUAUGGAGUGCAAUAAUUCGAGAAAGGCUAACGAGAUCAAAAGACAUCAAAAUCCUAAAGGAAACAGUGGACGCUAUCAACGCUGACGUCGAAGGUACACGGGACAAGGAAAAUUAUUCUAAAACGGCGGAGAAUGACACACACGUUAAGAAAGUCGUCGUGCCUUACAUUUCAGCAAAACUGGGUAAUGUGUUAAAAGCCUUUGGUCUGGAAAAGAAAAGAAUUUCCAGUCUGGAGGAAGUGAUACAUACUUUAAAACAGGCAGUGACAAAGUUGUCGACUAAAAUCGUUGACAAUGAGUCGAAAGGGAUGGCAUUGGAAGAAAAUAUAAUGUCAACUCGAAAGGAUUUAGAGGUUUAUGUCAACUCCGCCCUUGAUGCCCGGUCACACUUUGACGAGAUCGCGCAAGCGUACUGUGCCGCCUUAUCCAAGGGUUGGGCAUUUUCCAUAAGACGCCAUUGCGAGGUUGCGCCAACCUGCAACACAGUCUGCGCCCAAGCUGCUCCUGAGAUUCUGGCUGCGAUCGGAAACCAAAGAUCCAUGGUAAAAUGCGUGAACGCUUUCACCGUGGGCAACAAAGGAGGAGAAGGCUCACAGGGAACCGGAUAUGAACGUGGGUUUGGUCAUGUGGACUAUUUAUCAUACAGUUAUGGAUCCUUCGGCUGUCAAUGGCGUGCAAACCACUGUGGACCUCGACAUUGCUGCUGUGUCGCGUACUAGCCUGACUGUUCAUAUGGAUUAAAAGA